GGAAAUAGAAUGCGCCGGAGCGCACUAACGAGAGAGAGGGAGAGAAGAACAAAAUAGAAAAACUAGUACUAAAGCAAACCCCAACGCAACACGAGGAGAGAGUGAGUGCAGAAAACAAAGAAAACAAAAAUCCCUGCCACCAAGACCCAGCGCCCACCUCUACAGUCACCCCAUCAUUGCCUUGCCACCCACAGCCACACACCUUCUCUCUCUCUCUCUCUCUCACUUAGACUUUGAGAUAGCUACCACAACCACUAUCACAAUCACAAUCACGCUCACAAACAACAGCAUAUUCCUUUACCAUCGAUCUGUUUGUAUCAUCUCUCAAAACCCAUUUCAUCAUUUUGGGGGUUAUUCUCCUUUUGGAGUUGAGUUGGUGGAAGAUGAUGAUCGCGAAGAGAAUAGAGCUCGAUGAGUUUCGGUGAUGAUGACAGUAUGGAUUAUUAGUUGUUGGUUUUGUUGAGUCCGUCGUCCGUCGUCGGCUGCUUCAGUGCAGAAUGGGAAACUGCUGGUGUAAAUGGGAGCCUUCCGUAUACAGAAUCUCUUCCAACGCUAAAUCAGAGUGUUCCAAAGAAGAAAGCCCAUCACUAGUGAAGGCAAGAAAGGAUGAGAGUAAGUUACCAUCAAAUCCCGAAGAAGUAGAGCACUUGCGUCGUAGUUCUGCUGCAAAUCCUUUAAUAGCUUUCACUUUUGCUGAACUGAAGACAAUUACCGAAAAUUUUAGACAAGAUCACUUGUUAGGUGGAGGAGGAUUUGGAAGUGUUUACAAGGGGUUCAUUGCCGAGGAUCUGAGGGAGGGACUUCAACUUCAGCCCAUCCCAGUAGCAGUUAAGGUUCACGAUGGGGAUAACAGUUAUCAGGGCCAUAGAGAAUGGCUGGCCGAGGUCAUUUUCUUGGGGCAGCUUUCUCAUCCAAAUUUGGUGAAAUUGAUUGGAUACUGCUGUGAAGAUGAACAUCGGGUAUUGAUAUACGAGUACAUGGCGCGGGGCAGCGUGGAAAACAAUUUAUUUUCAAGAGUAUUGCUUCCUCUUCCAUGGUCCAUUAGAAUGAAGAUUGCCCUAGGCGCUGCAAAAGGACUUGCUUUUCUUCAUGAAGCUAAGAAGCCUGUCAUCUAUCGUGAUUUUAAGACCUCUAAUAUCUUGCUUGACUUGGACUACAAUGCAAAGCUUUCUGAUUUUGGACUUGCUAAAGAUGGACCAGUUGGGGAUAAAUCUCAUGUUUCUACUCGCAUCAUGGGAACUUAUGGUUAUGCAGCGCCAGAGUACAUUAUGACAGGGCAUCUGACACCUAGAAGUGAUGUUUACAGCUUUGGAGUAGUUCUUCUUGAACUUCUCACUGGCAGAAAAUCUUUAGACAAGUCUAGACCGGCGCGUGAACAGAACCUCACGGACUGGGCUCUACCAUUACUAAGAGAGAAGAAGAAACUGCUGAACAUUGUAGAUCCAAGAUUAGAUGGAGAUUAUCCAAUUAAGGGAGUUCACAAGGCUGCCAUGCUUUCUUAUCAUUGUCUCAACCGCAAUCCAAAAGCAAGACCACUAAUGCGAGACAUAGUCGAUUCCUUGGAGCCCCUUCAGGCUAUUCCUCCUCCUCCUCCUCCUCCUCCAUAUGAGGUCUCUAAUGACAAGUCUACUUUGUCAUACGGUUGAAUCGAUUGGAUGCAGAGAAUGUCAAACUAAAGGAGGAAGAAGAAAAAGAAGAAGAAGAUGAAGAAGCUGCAAAACUGAAACAUCCAGCCGACUAGACUCGAACGCUUCCUUUUCUUCAUCUUUCUUGUUCUCCCACGUACUCUUAUCUCUGGUGGAGAGUUUUUGCGACACAUGGAAUUAACUUGAAUCUCUUUCUAUCGGCACUCUGAAAAAAAGGAAAGAAAAGCUCUUUUUUAUUUUAUUUUUUAUUUUU